AACAUGGUCAAGCUUAUUAUCGCGUCCACGAUCCUGGCCACGGCGGCCGCCUUCCUCGGCGUCGCGCCGUCGGCGCCGGCGCCGCAGCUGCACGCCGCUGGCAUCGAGGACUACAUCGGCGCCGACAUCGAGACGGCGGGGCUCUGGGACCCGCUGGGCCUGUCGAAGGACACGGACCGGCUCUACCGGUGGCGAUGCGUGGAGAUCAAGCACGGCCGCGUCGCGAUGCUCGCGACGGUGGGCUACCUCUACAACGACCUCAAGCUCACGCUCCCCGGCGUGCUGAGCCCGUCCGAGGGCAUCAAGUUCGAGAACGUGCCGACCGGGCUCGCGGCGACGCACGGCAACCCCAACAGCGUGCCCAUCGCCGGCUGGGUGCAGAUGAUCUUCUUCAUCGGCGUCAUGGAGACGACGGUCUUCAAGCAGGACCCGGCCAAGGCCCCGGGCGACGUCGGCGGCGUCUUCUUCCGCCGCUACAGCGACCCCGCGGAGAAGGCCGACAAGCUCAAGAGCGAGCUCAAGAACGGCCGCCUCGCCAUGAUGGGCAUCAUGGGCAUGCUCGUCACGGACCAGCUCACGGGCCUCGGGCCCGUCACCCAGCUCAUGACCACCAAGGUCGUGCCCUUCUAGGCGCCCCGCCGUCGCGCGCCGCCUAACGACGGGUCCCUGGA